AUGUCUCCGCUCAAGUGUUCUAUGAUCAAAGACUUGCAUGAUGGGACAGAUCACUGGGCUAUUACUGGAAAUACAAUUCAAGCAUCUGUGAUGAACAAGUCAUUAUUCAAUCAAUACCGUCAAAACCCUAUUGAAGGACAGGUGUGCUUUGUUAAAACUUUUCUGGUGUCUGCUAACUCUAACCAAUAUAGGCCAACCAACCAUCCUUUCAAGAUCACAUUCUCACAACAGACAUAUGUGAGGGAUCAUGUUGCUGAUUUACCACAUUAUGCUUACAAGUUCUUUCCAAUCAGUGAGAUCAUUCAACGAUCAGAAAAUGAACCAUUAGAGCAUCUUACUGAUGUCAUUAGUUUUGUCUCAGCUAUUGGACCUCUUGAAGAAUAUCGUAUUGUUAAUGAAACCAAGCAUAAGUGGAAGAUAAGCAUUGUAGACAAUCAAGGCAAUGCUGUGGACUGUAUUCUGUACGAUGAAUGUGCCACUAAUGCAUAUCAGAGUCAUCUUGAGAAUCCUCAAAUCCCUACUGUUGCCUUGUUAAAUCUUUGCAGGAUUGGCUUCUCUGAGGAAGGGAAAGCACAGGAUUCAAGCUUCUUAAUCAUGGCUGAAAUUAUAAAGCUAGAGACACGCCAUGGCUGGACUUAUGAGGGUUGUGGUAGAUGUGCAACCAAGCCAAGACUAGAAAAUGGAAAACAAAUGUGCACUUCUUGUAAGAAGCAGCCUGAUUCUAUUGAGUCCAAGUUAAAGGUGCAUUACAUUGCUGCUGAUGAUUCUGGGAAGGUGUCCUUGGUCUUUUGGGAUAAGCUUGCAUAUCAGUUGCUGCAAAAGAAUGCUCCUGAGUUAAAAUUGGAACUUCUACAUGAGGAGCGAGCAUAUGAUUUCCCAGACAUACUUGAUGACAUUGUUGGUAAGAAGCUACUGAUGAAGCUGAAACUUAACCAAUAUAACAAGGAUUACCCUAAUUCUUCAAUCAGCGUGAUUCAAUAUUAUGAGUGUCAAGACUUGAUGGAAGAAUUCAACGGAGCUGCUGCUAUUGAUCCAGAUGGUGCUUCCCCAUCUGCAGGCAUUGAUCACACUAAUUUGAAGGAGCCAAUAAAUGUUGAGGUUGCCAAUGAUAAGCAUGAAGACCAUGUUCCAACUUCUCAGGCCUUAGACAUAAACUCAGAGACUCAACACCUUGAUGACAUGCCAAUAACUCAAAUCAUUCCAUUGGGUACAUCUAGGGGGAAGAGGAAGAAUGCUGGUAAAAAGAGUGAUUGCUAUGUUUAUAAGGUGAAGAAUGCAAGUGAAGGUUCAUCCAACGGCUCUAUUGUGAAGCCAAUGAAGACUAUCAAGCAAGAGAAAAAUUAG